CCUGUGACUGAAGGUGGCAGGAUAAGGUCCAGUCCAUCGGGGCUUGUAAUAGUUAGUUGUGAAUGUGUCAAGGGCUGGGUUGUGUCACGCCGCGCCUCGCUUCACAUCUUAAAAAACUAUCUGCACUAGUUAGGCAAGAUCUUUACACAUUAUUUAGUCACCAGUUGUUUAUGGGAAAGUGUUGAAGGUGACUAAGAUCCCUGGCCGUCAGCAAUGGAAAACUCCCUCUACCACCAAUACGUCGACAACACAACAAACCACCGCAGGGUCCGCCCCGUGGUGGUUGGCGCGCCCUACGUGUUGUGUACCUUUGCCCUGGGCGUCAUCCUAAUGGCUGUGGGCACCUUCAUCACCUCGCACGCCUACGAAGAUAAGAACAAAGAUCCCGUGCUGCUGGGCGUGGGUCCUGGUUUACUGGGAUUGGGAGGUUUGUUGCUGCUCAGCUCUGUCGUCAUUUGCGUGGUGGCUUGCAUGAGGAACCGCAAGCUGCGAGAAGUUUUGUCUGAUGACUUCUUCACCAUCGGAGCCUCAACGUUCUAUGGCGGCAAUGAGCUUGUUCACCUGAAUAAUGAGGACGAGAUGGGCACCUACUCUUCCCAACGCCACCGACGUCGCCAUUCCAUCUCAGGCGGCGCCACUGACUCCAAUGAAGGUGUCAUGAUUUUGGCCAGCACUGUCGCUGAGGAGAGAGAAAGACAGAGAAAAAAUUCACGAAAGUUUGCUCGGAAUCUAUCCCACAAGAGUGCCAGCCAGGUCUGCUACAUGGGGCCACAGGGACUCGCUCAGGAACGCCUGAGCAAGGAAGACCCGGACUACCUGGGGCUGGAGCCGAUUCGACGAGCAGAACUGCAUCCAGAACUCGCACAAGACUACUGUCAGAGUGAGAGCGAUGACUCUCACUACAUUCCUAGGAGCCGGUCCACAAGCAUGUCUGUUCGCCUGCCGCGGUCACACUUGGCUCCAGUUGAACAGAGACUGCACAGAAACUUAUCCUACACCCCUGCCUCCCGCGCUAGAAUCCAGCAACAUCUCCAGCGCCAACGCCACCAGGCGAGCCUGCAAGCUCAGGGUUGGGAAGUGCAGCAGUCUGAGCCUCGGCGGAAACGUAGCUCUAAAAGAAGAAAGCCUCAGGCCACCAUCAACGAGGUCGCAGAGGGUCCUACUGUACAUCAGCUUCCAAAAUACGAUCCUGACCUCCUGUCUGCCUUGGGUUUGGGACCAAGUCAUCCCCGCCUGAACAGAGGCAUAAGCGAGGACGGACACCUGGACUCAGAAGCUGCCGCAUCCGCCGCCUGGAGGGAAAAUCCUGACGUGACAUAUGGCAGUCUCCUAAACACACGACGAAAACCCUCCGUAGUGAUGGGCGUCAAGGGCCUGCGUCCCAAACAAUCUGGGACCGCCUACAGGCACACUUCUUCCAUCUAUGCCUCCGACAUGGACUUGCACAGGACCGAUGCGACAGCCACCAGCGAUACAUCCCAAGCUGUACAAGACUUUCGAAAUUUCCGAGGACCAUACGGCAAUCCUCAAUAUCUUCCCAAUCUAGAAUCCAGCAUGACAAAUCGCAGCAUCGGGUCUUCUCCCACACUGCUUCCUCCUUUCGACUACGAAGACACCUCACCUCAGCCGGAAACCGGGAGGGAAAACACACCUACCUCCACCACGUCACACAGGCAUAGGAGGCGUCCGUUAUCGAACAUAUCAUCGGCGUCUGAGACUUGUUGCUCCGAAUGCUGCGGAACUCAUCAGCAGAAUGAAAGUGAAGCGCCUAGUAAACAGGAACUCCCACCAAGACCAACCAGGAAAGAGGAAACUGACCAAAGCACUGACCAUGGGCCAGAGGAUAGUGACCCUUGAGUCGAGCUGAACGAGAGGACCGCAUUGUAAUCCAUGAUCUUAUCGAGCUUGUCUAUGAUUCUGUUUCAAACCAUACUGAAAGUGAUCUAUAAAUAGUGGUAGUUGUGUAGAUCUCCCUCCUUAUAGCGAGGGAAGUGAAUGUAAAUCAAAGGCUAUUGUCGUAAUAUUUUUCCCAUUGGUGGAGGUGGUUCAGAUAUUCACGUGGUCUCCAAACUAUCUUGAACCAUAAAAGCUCUCUGGUAAAAUGCUCUAAAAAAUGGUAUCCGAUAUUCGAGGAGGAAGAUAUGAUGUGUUCUAUAACAUUUAGAUUAUAAUGAAUGUUUAAGCAUAUACUGAUUUGCUGCCUUUAAAUAUGAACGGCUAAUUGAUACAUGAAGAUUACUUCGUAUGCUCUUACAUCUCCACCAUUGCCUUUAACACUUUGUCCUUCCCUUCUUCAGAUUCCAUGUUCUUCAUUUAAUUUCUUGAGUCUUGAAAAGUAAUCACUGUUGCAGUGUUAAAGAUUCGGUAAUUGUGAAUAUUGUAAACAUUUUCUUCCUACUUUGAAUUACUUAAACUUUUCAGUCCAUUGUAAUUAAUAUAUUUCUUUAUGUUCUAAAUA